UGGUGGAGUUUAUUCACCUGCGAGGCCUUACUGAGGGAACCAAAAUCCCAUGUGACCUUGUAGCCACGCCCCCUAGAUUCCCCCGGAUGUUUAACGUUAGCAGUGCUGCGGAUGUGAUGCAACCAGAUCUACAACCCCCCAUCAACUGGACCUCCAUAUGAACGCGUUUUGAAGAGCUGGGUGCCAGAGGAGUCAUCCCACCUGUACCCUCUUGUUCAGGGGAUCUAUCUUUAAAUGGCCACCGCGGCUCCCCCUCCAGUCCCUGGCUCCACUGCGGCCACUGAGAACCCGAAUCCCGGAUCCAGCAGCUCCACUGCGUCCGACAGUGGCAACCAGGACAGUACUUUUGAGUGUAAUAUAUGUCUGGACACCGCCAAGGAUGCAGUUAUCAGUCUGUGUGGACAUCUCUUCUGUUGGCCUUGCUUGCAUCAGUGGUUGGAGACCAGACCCAACAGACAAGUGUGUCCUGUGUGUAAAGCCGGUAUCAGCCGAGACAAAGUAAUCCCAUUAUAUGGACGGGGAAGCACAGGUCAACAAGACCCCAGAGAAAGAACUCCCCCUCGACCACAAGGACAAAGGCCGGAGCCAGAAAACCGUGGUGGCUUUCAAGGGUUUGGCUUUGGAGAUGGGGGUUUCCAGAUGUCAUUUGGAAUCGGUGCUUUUCCAUUUGGUAUUUUUGCUACAGCUUUUAACAUCAACGACGGCAGACCACCUCCAGCGGCCCCUGGGACACCGCAGCACAUGGACGAACAGUUUCUGUCUCGACUCUUCCUGUUUGUCGCUCUGGUGAUUAUGUUUUGGCUGCUGAUUGCAUAAAUGCAAGGAGAAACACUAACUCUGGCUUACCUAGAAGAUUUGAAAGAGAUGCAACAUUAUGGCACAUCAUAAUGGUUUGCACCAAUGUGAUUAUGCCUUGACAUAUUUUCCUCUCCUUGACUCGAAGCCAUUUUUCUAAAUAAAAACAAGUGUUAACCCAAGGCAAACAUCUCUUAAGGUGAACCACACAACCUCCAUGGAAACAUUUUUUAAAUCAUCAUUCAAUUGUUCUCUGUGCUCUCUUUGAGUAUUAUUUGGUAUUACUACUGAAUUCAAAUAUAUUCUCUGCUAAUCAAAAUAAGACCAGCAGUGCUCUGGGAUCAUUCACUUGAUUCUCAUGCAUACAUAUAUGAUCCCUAUGACCCUUUUCAGGUAACUAUUAUUGUAUUAAUUUGGCCCUAUUCUAAUUGACAGCCAUUGCAAGAAGAGCACCGAUGUUACUAACAAUGUCUCUGUUUUUCUCAUGUGCUCGAAAACCAUGACAGUGUGAUCGUUAAUAUUAUUAUUUACACCUGUGUUCUACUGUUGCAUCUUGUCAUGUCUUCCAUAAAACCCCCUCAACAGGUUUCAAACUGAGCACAAGCAGGCGACUCCCUGUUGUCUCUCUUCAUCUAUAUACUUCAAAUGUGUUUUGUGUUGAUCUAGCUCUACCUGAUCUCACAAAUAAUAAUAAUUUCAUCUGCAAAUAUUUACCAAAUCAUACACAGUCUGUUGAGUCAAAACAAUGUUAGAAAUGUUCUCUUUAUUUCGGAUUGAAAAGAAAUAUGUUGAUGCAUGUUAACAGCUCAAAUAUUAAUUUAUGAAACGGUGUUCCUCUCCAAAUCGUUUGUUUCCCCUCAGUUUUCUCUGUCACUGUAAUUUAAUGUAAAAUACUGUAGAUUAUUACAGAAAUGAAGAUUUGCUGGUUGAACCUGAAACCACUUUUCAAAAUGUGAAUUCAUUCUAUUGACAGUAAAGCUAUGUAAAUAAAAUUGUUAAAUCAUA